AUUUAUGUAAGCCCAAUAUAGCAUAACUAUAAAAUUUGAUAAAGCAAACAAUACCUAUCGUCUUAAUGUAAUUGUUUUAUUUUUUAGAUAGGAUUCCAUAUCUGGACAAGUUACAAUUAAUUUUACAGACCCUAAUUAGAAAAGAUUAGAGAUCUAAUCAUUAAAAUGGAGAUCGGAAGGAGCAAUUUCUUGUUAGAAUAAAGAGUCUCAUAAAGAAUUGUAAAGGAUUAUGAGUAAUUCAAAUCCAUAAUUGCUUCAUUUGAAUUAAGGGGAAUUCACAAAAGAAAAAUAUAUGUUUGAUUAUAAUUUAUAUUAGUUUACAAGAGAAAAAUACAUUUUAGUUCAAAUAUUAAUUGACUCCUUAUGGAGAUAGUAGAAUAUUAGAAACAUAUGUUGGUGUUUAUAUAGCAAUUGCUUAUGAAAUUUAAGUUGAUUUAAUAUUGAGUAAUGGUAUAUCAGUUCGUAAUUCAACACCAUUUUAUGUAUAAUGUGUAGGUAUUGAUAAAAUGGGUUAAUAAAUUAAUUUUAAAGAGUUCUAAUAGAAAUCAGAUUAAUUUUUAAUUACUCCUGAUAGAUUAUUAGGCAGCUAAACUAUAUAGAAUAAGUAGGGUGCUAAAUUCAAGAUUCAUGGGGUUAUUGAUUCUUCAAUUUGUUAAUUUUUAGAGGGUUUCAAUGGAUAUAUAAAUGUAGAUGAAUGUGAAUCAGAAAUUAGAACUAUAGAUUUACAAAUGAUUAGAGUUGAAAAAUUGGAAAAUAAAUAAGGAAAUAUAUUGGAAGCAACAGAAAUACAAUUAAUAUAAAUUGUUGAUGGAAAUAUUACCAGAGGAAUUCAAGUUCCAUUUAAUAUGAUCUUUCCUAAAUUCUUUUCAUGUUGUAAUCUACAAUUCAAAGAGUAUAGUGGUAAAAAUAAUAUAAAAUAAUUUUAGUUGAUUUUGAAGUGAAUUUAGUUGUAAUUAUGUAUGAUGGAUUUAAAAUAACUCUCAAUUUUCCAAUACAAAUAAUACGGAAGUGA